ACCAACACCAGGACGUAGAGUAUUGCGCAUGUUGCGAGCUAAUUACUAAACACACCCAUUUUUGUGUUCCUUCAACGACCGCUUCAAACUAUUAAUGAAUUAGUCAGAUCUUAAAGUUGAGUGUUUCUUGGAACUUUUUACAAAGUGUGUGGAAAAAUGAAUCAGCAUAAAAGUGAAAAACAGCUUGCAUAUUUGUACCCGCUUAUUGCAACGUUGUCUUUCAUAUGUUGCAUAUCAACAACUGUGGCCUGGCAGCAUUGGCAAUAUGUUCUGGACACCUGCAUCGAGAGGAAUUGUGGUUGCAUUUUGCAUGGCCGAUCCACUCCAACUUACUUUACCGGCGGUCACGUAGCCUACUGCCACUGGGCAUCAUAUGGGCUGGUGCUGCCCAUAAUUUUCUGCUUCAUCUUUGGUAUAUUUCAUGUGUCGCGUGUGUUUUUCGGUGGCCAUAGACGACGCCCUGGAACCGCAACAGUGCGGCAAAGAUCGGGCGAUAUAAUAGUGAUGACCACCAAAGCCGACGUGGAAGAGGAAGACAUUAACCCUUACUAUUGGGUCCCCGCAAGUGUUAUCGGUAGCCUUAUGGCCGUGUUGACACUGGUGCAUGCCGCAAUGUAUUUAGAUGGGUUUCUCAAUACCUGCAAACAGCAACGCUACGAACUUAUCAAAUACAUUCAUGCCAAUGGUAGCCUAGUGCCGAUUAUACAAAGUCGCAUAUCAUGCUCAUCGGUGUUAGACUUUAUGGACUAUCUUCAUUUGGACGUGUCGUUCGAUAGACGACGCGAGGGACGUAUCAACACAGCCGCUGCAUUGAUCAUUGGUUUAAUUUGCUCCUGGACCUGCAUAGCACUGUGGAUUUGGACUGUAGUCAUCAAUGCCAAACGAGCAACUACAAGUAGAAAAUUGCGUAUCUAACGCAAUCUACAAAAUAAUCUAUAAUUCAAUUCUCGAGAAACAGUGCAAAUAGUUGGUUUGAAGUAUUUGAUCUGCCAACUAUUAAUAGAGUGCCUUUCUAUGAUCAAAUGAACUCGAUUUUGAUAGUGUCACAUUUCAGCCAUCCCCAAUUUUAACAUUUGAUCUUUCUUUUCGUAUUCGUUCAUAUUCAUAAUAAUUAUAAUGAUAAAGAGGCGCUGAACAUUGUUUACGAAAUACAGUAUGCUUGGCUAUGUUCUUUAUGCGAACUACUUGUCUGAAAACCCUGUUUAAGGGCAGUUGCGAACACAUUAUUGACAUUGCGGAAAUUAAGAGUUAGAAUGAUAUAUUCAAUAUCAGACGGAAGACGGGGCCGUGGAAGAUACAGAAAAGCCACGAUGUUGAACCAACUCUCCCCAGGAACCGUUUUACAUGCAUCAUCACCAUCAUCAUCAUCACUUGGUUCAGCGCAACAACGGAUGUGCCGGUAGCGUCGGUGGAAGAUUCAGCCGUUUGACCCGGAGGUGUUUUGUAUAUAGCUGCGACCACUUGACUUCGCUAGCGUGGAACAGUCAGUGACCACCGUUACGAGUCUGUUGGAAAGAGCCUACGACGAGAUCGUGCCAUCCAGUCAGGGCAGCCGUGCCGUCUACUGUAGGGCGGAAGAAAUCGCUGAGAUGCGCACCACCUGUAGCGCCACACGCCGGACAGGAGACCCCAGGACGGACUCUACGACGGACAGGAGACCCCAGGGAUCGUGCUUGCCGAGUUGUUCCCGCCCGACAGCCUCCAGUGGGGUAGCCGGAACCAGUGCACCAACCCGACUAAUUUCCAUUUUCAACGACCUUAGCCCCCGAAAGGCCCCUGGACCUGGUGGCAUCUCCAAUGCAUUCAAGAUAGUUGCGCUGCGAUUGUACUCAACCAUGUUUUGCAGCCUCCAAAGGAGAACGCUUCGAGACGGCACCUCCCCGAGCGAGUGGAAGCGGCAGAGGCUGGUGCUAAUCCUGCAGCCCGGGAGACUGUAGGAGCUGGCGCCUUAACAAUGUGUCAUGUGUAAGCUGAACUGGGCAAGGUCUACGAGCGCAUCCUAUUCUACUGCCUGCUUCCUAGACUUCCACAGGCAAAUUUCUAAGCAAUUUCGGCUUCCUCAAGCAGCGAUCCACCUGUGGCAACAUUUCUGGGAACGCGGGUAAUCAGAAGACAAUGUGGGCGAGAGGGCAAGGAUAACGCUGGCGAAUGGUGGUCGUCCCCACGCACAGCACAUAACCUGGCGAGCGAAAUGCUGCAGAGCUUGGAAAAGAAUGCUUUCCCCCGGGCAGUUAAUCAAAAACAGUAUAUAUACAAUAAA